UUUGAGAGUCACGCACAUGGCUGCCAAAGGAAAAAUGGCGGCAACUUCUAAACCUUUUGUUUUAUUUUUGUUGGCUUUGCUAAUCGUACUUUUAAUUGACUCUUCUCAGUCAGCCAAGUUAAAUGCACCGAAGGUUCUGCUUCCUUAUUAUAGUUCAGUAAUCGCCAAUUUUACGUUAGAAGUGGAGUUUUCCCCCGAAGAGGCACAGGGAGCCAGUUGUUAUCGAUGGCGUUCAACAAGACAAGAAGUUGCCCAGAUUCAGCUCCUCAACAGCACAGAUGGAGAGUGCUCCAACAAGGCGCUCGUGUCGGCCACAUCCAAAACAUCCCACCAGAUGACAACAGUGGUCCUCGCUGAAAACAAAGUGACCGGUGAAAUCCUGCGAUGCAAUGUCAUCGUCAGUGAAAUCACGAAACUUGUGAUUGACACAACAACCAGACUCCUGUACCUUGAAGACUCUCCGGAAGAACUGGUUGCCCGGGGUUACGACAGUGAGGGCAAUAUUUUCUCCAGCCUGGAAGGACUGUCCUUUGAGUGGAGCCUGGUGUCGGACACCGAGACAGGCCAUGAUGUCAUUGACGCCCACAAUAUUCUCCGAAUCAAGAUGUUUGCGGACUCGCACUACACGACCCCCCAGCACAUCGCUCCUCUUGAAGACCGUGGUCUGCAGGGAGAUCGGAUCCUGGCUGAGGGCAUCCGCACCGGAAGUGCCAAGAUCAGCAUGAAACUCAAAGACCCAGUUUACAAGCACAUCGAGGCCAUCGACGUUCGGAUCAUGGUGAUUGCCAACCUGAUGCUGAGUCCCCCAGACGCCUACGUGCUGAAGUUUGCCAUCAUCAAGUAUAUAGUGGAGCUGCUGAAACACAACACACUCACAAAGAUCAAGAUGCCAUCACCACAGUACUACCUGGAGAUGAAGGACAACGACAUCUGCAGCCUCGACACUUCGACCUCUGUUGCCACGGCUUUGGAGAUGGGCUCCACAAACAUCGUCCUCAAGGACAGGAAUAUUCUUGUGACUGAGUUUUUCCGCCAACCAUCGGCCCUCAUCCAUGUUGUGAACCCUGGCUACCUCGCAUUCGUUGUCCUGCCGACCAAGAAGUGGGUUCUGGAGACGGGCCGGGAAUACGACAUCUUCAUUGAGGUGUAUGACAAGGAUAGUCACAAGAUCUACCCCUCCGAUAACGUUCGGAUCGAGGCCGCAUUCCCCUCCAAGUACUUCAAGGUGUUGUCCUCCACUGUGAACGGGACGUACCACCGCGUACAGACACUGGUCAAGGGCUUCACCGACAUUGAUGGCGCUCUCACAGCUGUCAUACGAGAGGAUGGGUCCGAGUACGCCAUCACACCCAACGUGAAGGGGAGCCAGGAGGUGGAGAUCUACGACCCCAUCAUCGUCGACCCCCCUGAACUCUUCUUCCCAUGGGACCCCCUCUCGCAGUGCAGACACACCUACAAGAUCAAGGCCAGUGGUGGGAGUGGUGAGUACGUCUGGAGCACCCUCAACGCCAGCAUCACCAACGUCAACAUCAAGGGUGAGAUUGUCACCAUGGGUCUGGGCAGCACCAACGUCACAGCCGCUGAUGCAAAGAACUCCGCCCACACAGGCACUGUGCAGGUUCACGUGCUGCCCCCGUCUGACCUCUCGUUCCCCCCGACCAAGGUCGAGGCCGCUGUCGGCACAACACUCAGUAUCCCACUCCAGGUGGCAGCACUGUAUCGAGGCAAGUUACACAGCUUCAUGGACUGCCGCGAAAUGCCCCUCAACGUGACGUACAGCGACAGCACGGUGUUCGACCAGCAGGGAGGGGAUGUGAAGCUGACCAGCAGUGGCUGUACUGUACUCAACUUCAUGGCCAAGCGUCAAGGUCACACAGAGGUGACAGCAUCCUAUCAGCUCGGCAACGUCGUCCUUCAAGACUCGAUCACGAUCGCGGCGUACAACCCACUGAAGCCUAUAGAUCCGGAGAAAGAGGCAGUAAUCGCCGUGGCAACGUCGAAGGAGGUGGUGUUCCAGGGUGGGCCUCAGCCAUGGGUGCUGGACUCCUCCCAGUACUUCCAGACAUUGAGUCCCGAGAGACCCGCCAUCAUCAAGAUUCAGAAGAUGAACAUGUUCAGCGUCAACAAAUCUUUGCCAACUGAUAAAAAAGGAGGAUAUCAUGCCUUCAGUGUUCUGUGCCAAGACUUCGGAGAACAGGUGCUGACUUUAAAGGUUGGCAACAAGAAGACGGCCAAGAACCACUACCCCGCAUCGGAGGAGACCCACAUCAGGUUCCUGUGCGCAAAGCCCGUGGAGCUCCACCUGCAGCCCCUCCUCAGCCUGGACCCCGGCCUCCCGCCGUGCCCCGUCACCCACGAGACCCAUCUCCCUAUUCCUAUCCACUGCGAGUACGACAGAGACAUCCUAGUCACGGUGACAGACAGCAGCGGCCGGAAGUUCGACAACUUCUCAUCUCUCGCCAUUGACUGGAGCGUCUCCAGCACCAGCCUCGCCUCCAUCCCCACCCCCGAUGACCUGACCACCGACAUCACCUCCACGCAGGACGGCAAGAAGCUGGUCAGGACCUACCAGACUCUGUUGCCAGCCGGAAGACCAGGAACCGUGGUUGUCUCGGCAACCACCAACAGCUACAACUCUAAACAUCUGAGGAAUGCUGGAAGCAAGAUUUCUGAAGCUAUCCACCCCCGAAUCAGCAAGUCGAUCGAGCUGCUGCUUGUGGAGGGUGCCUACAUCUCGCCGGAGCAAGUGUCCGUCUUCAACCAUCCCUCCAAUAAGGUGACAAUAAACAUCAAGAGAGGCUCUGGGUAUUUCUUUAUUGAGGAGCACAACUCCGACGUGGUCGGACUCAAGUACGACAUCAAGUCCAAGUCGGUGAUGGUGAACCCACUGAAGGAUGGCUCCCAGACGUUCACGGUGUUUGAUCUGUGUCUGGACAACAUCCAACAUCCGACCGGCACCGUCCACAUCUCCGGCGUCGGCAGCAUCCAGGUCGUAGUGCUUGACAAGGUCGAGGUACGGAAGGAGCUGAAGGCCAGGGUACAGGUCCUGGACGUCCACGGCAACGCUCUUCUCUCAAGCUUCUUCUCCCUCAUGGGCCUCAAGCUGGAGCCUGCGUCGGACAUCAUCACUGUCAGGGCGUCUGCAGACAAGGAUGACAAGCUCUCAGCAGUGUACACGGUGUACGGAGCCGUGGUAGGGCACACCUCGCUCACCGCGUUCGUCAACCUCCCCUCCGGGGAGACCAUCUACAGCACCCCCAAACCAGUCGAGGUGUUCCCUCCCCUUCGUCUUGAACCCAAGAAUAUCACCAUCAUCGUCGGUGCCAAGUUCCAGGUCCGAGCUACGGGCGGGCCGCAGCCCCAGAGCACCAUCGAGUUCUCCGUCAUGGACAGCAGCAUCUCCACCGUGGCGUCCAGCGGGCUGCUGGAGGGGCUCGAACUCGGCACCACACGUGUUGUGGGGAAAGCUGUCGGUACCGACCCAAUCACAGGGGAAACUGUCGUCUACUCACAAGACGAUGCUGUCGUCAAUGUGGUGAUGCUGGCCGGCGUGAGGAUCUACUCCCCACUUACGCGGGUGCAGACGGGCAUUCAGCUGCCUGUGUAUGCAGUCGGACUAACGGAACAUGAAACGCCCUUCACCUUCGGCAGCUCCCUGCCACCAUUGUCCUUCCACUGGUCCGUCAACAGCCGUGAGCUCGUCUCCCUCAAGUCCGUGUACCACAAGAGCAACAUUCUGUUUUCGGAGGAAAGUGACUUCGCUAAGCGACUGUUUGCCCUUGAAGCUGGUCAUGUGACUGUCAGCCUGCGUGUGACACCUUCACAGCAGAGUUCGAACCAGGUCACAGGCAACAUCGUGCUGCGAGACGAGAUCCAGAUACAGGUGUUUGAGAAGUUGUCCUUGGUGAACCCCAGCGUCUGUGACGGUCACAUCCUCAUCACCCCCAACACCGAGACCACCAUCAAGACAAACAGAGAUCUGGCAGCGCGUCUGACCUACCACGUCCUGCAAAACAGUGGCAAGUCCAUCGUCACCAUGAAGCAGAACGGCGUGCUCGUCUCAGGGGCGCUGACAGGCACUGCUGCUCUCCACGUAAUCGCUCAGGAGGACUUCGGCGUCAACCAGACCCUUGUCAUUCUCGUCAAGGUGAAACCCGUCUCCUUUGUGAUGAUCAACGCAGACACUCCCUUCCUCACAUCCUCCGGUCACCUGACCAGUAUACCCGUCGGCACCACGCUCAAGUUCUCCAUCAGUUACCAUGACGACACCGGAAUGCCGUUCUACGCCACCAGCGUUCAGCUUCAGAUGAGAUGCAGCAGGUAUGACCUGCUGCAGAUUUCCAAGGAUACCGACAACAGCACGCUGAUCGUCCGCGCUGCAGAGGCAGGGCAGACUAUCCUCAAGGUGUGGGACUUGUACAACCCCUGGAUGGCCGACUACAUCAACAUCCCCGUCAACUACAUCAUCACCCCCGCGCAGGCCGUUGUCUCCCUCGGGGCCGUCAUCUGCUUCAGUACGCCGCUGGUGUCACAGAGAGGCUAUACAGGAGGCUGGGCAGUGAAGGGGACGUCGGUCAAUAUCGACCCAGACUCUGGCCUCGCCACGGCAACCAGUGUCGGUAGAUCAGUGGUCAUCAACACCAUCAGUGCCGACCUGACCACAUACACUGAAGUGACGGUACUGCCGGUAUCCAAGGCGACAGUUGGGGACAGUGUGGGCUUCCUGAGUAAUGCCCCUGGCCGCAAGCCAGUGAAUAUUCCCGUCAAUCUGGGCUUGGUGAACAAGCCUUUGGGAGAGAACUGCCCUGCAGAGUUGAGGAGCAACGGCUAUCAGCCGCCAUUCCUUCCCUUCCUGUGCCGCCUGGAGUUCACCAAGACGGACGUGGAGGUCGAUGUCAACGACCUGUUCAGGGUCGUGCCAGGAUUUGACUCUGAAAAAGGGCAACUCGUCUGUCAGGUGACCGCCAUCAUGUCCGAGUUUCACAACUAUCAACAGUUGAGCACCAUCAGCUCAAAGAUAAGACUGGUUGUCAUAGUAACACAGCAGGACGGCCAACCAGAGCUCCCCACAUCAUGUGACCUCGAGUUUGCUCCCGCCUUCUACAUUCACAAUGCCGAGAUCCACCUGACGACUCUGGCUCCACUCGCCUCCAUCCGCAUCUCGACCCUGCCCAACCUCGUCCCCAACAUUCAGGCAUCAGUGAGUGAUGGGACACUGAUUGAAGCCUUGUCACCUGACCAGGACAGCCAAUCAGGGGGUGUUGUUUUGUUUCCUGUCCGUCUGCUUGACUCGCUGAGUGUCUGGGAGAGGGAGACGCUCAACUUGCACGUAGAACUGGUCAACAAGCACACCGGACAGCGAGCCAAGAUUCCUGUCUACAUCAAACUCAUCGGAGACAGGCCCGAUGUGUCGCGCCUGAGGACGGUCUACACACGGGACAUCGGCUGGAGCACGCUCAUCUUCAACUUCCUCAUGACGUACCAGUCCUGGUUUGCCCUGUUCCUGCUCAUCCUAGCUACAGCAGUCGCCGUUCUUGUAGGAUACCAUGUGCUGAUUGGGCCACGUUAUCGGACAAGCGCCAACUCGAGCGCCUUCCUGAAUACAAGCCAGUCGAUGAAUCCGAGUCCCAAUGUGACGUACAUUCAACCAGCUCCAGGAUCGCCACCCUACACCAGUCCGUACAACAGCUCGCCGACCAGGCUCUGGUCCAUCCCGUACAAUGUGGAUCACCGGGGCGACAUGUCUACGUCCCCCUCCCCCUACAGACGAGCAUCCCCCCACUCAUGAUCAAACACCAACGUAGCAGCAAGUUUACAAGUCCAGAACAAAGUCACCCGGAGGUGCUAAAACCAUCAGAUUUUGGAAGGAAACACAAAAUGGUUCCAGUGUUGAUUUCUGAAUCUUGACAAACAACAUAUCAUGGACCACCUCUCUUUGAUGAAGUGGGGGGAUCAUGGAUCCAGUUGUCCUAACUCAAUCACUCACUCACUCAUUCAAGAGGAAGGGAGGACUCCCUUGUUAAUUUAACUUGUAGAAUGACAACGAUUUCAUGGAUUAACACUGGUGUUGCUGAAACCAUGGUUACAUGGAUCAUUAUUAAACUUCAUUAUUGAACUGUGAAAGUUUGUACGAGGCAAUCUGUGUCUUUCAGAGAAACAUUGCUUUUGGUUAAGGAAAUAUGAGAGGUGGGAAAAUCAGCAUUUUAUAUAUAGAAGGGUGAUGAAAUGGAAACCAAAAAAUACUAAAAUGUUUUAAGAUAUGUAUUGUGUGAUGUGUGUUUGAGGUGUGAUGUACAGUGGGGGCGGGGCUACGAUGAUCUCACGCUGUAUACAUAGUUCAUCGUUAUUGUCGGAUGUGCCAGGUUUAGCACAUGCUUUCAUGUUGAAGAGAAUCAAUGUACAUGUGAAAUUGUGUCCUUCAUGCCUUAUAUUUUUGCCGGAAGUUUGACAAGAAAUAUGUCAUAAAGGAUAUGCCAUUUUCUUUCAAAUUUUUAAGCAUAUUUAUUUGUUCCACGCAGACUGACAAGAUACUGACAUUGUAUUAUACAUUGUAUUAUACAUUGUCAUGUACAUCAUGUUACAAACAUUUCCCAACCUGUGGAAAAUUUGUCAUUUGUUUGUGGAACAGGUUUCAGUGUGCCAGACUUGAUUGUCCAGGAAUAGCAGUGUACAAAAAUGUUUCUUGCUUGCGAGAUUGAGACGGUGGAUAUUGUGAUAUGGUUUGGAGAUUAGAAUUUUCAAGUCUGUUCAGAAGAUAAAUAUUUGUCUGGUAAGAUUUGUGUGACGUGAAUGGAUGUUCGUACAUGUCAUGAGAACACAAUGCUGAAAGUGGUUCAGUUACAUCAUACAGCAAGCCUCUUUCUAUGAUCUCUGUGUUGAAGUCCACCAUAACAAGACUGUUUUGAACAAUAAUACUAAAUGUGUGUAAUGUGGUUGUAUAGCAGGUGACCAGACCUCCUACAUCGGAGUAAGUCUGCCUGGGUACCUAUCUUGAAAACACUGGCAACGAAGGCGACAGAACACUUGUGUGAUCUUGAGACACACUGAUGAACUUGAGACACACUGACAGUGAGACUGUGACACCUUGAAACACACUGACGACAGUGACACUGUGACCUUGAGACACACUGACGACAGUGACACUGUGACCUUGAGACACACUGAAGACAGUGAGACUGACCUUGGGACACACUGAAGACAGUGAGACUGUGACCUUGAAACACACUGACGACAGUGAGACUGUGACCUUGAGACACGCUGACGACAAUGACACUGUGACCUUGAGACACACUGACGACAGUGACACUGUGACCUUGAGACACGCUGACGACAAUGACACUGUGACCUUGAGACACACUGAUGACAGUGAGACUGUGACCUUGAAACACACUGACGACAGUGACACUGUGACCUUGAGACAUGCUGACGACAAUGACACUGUGACCUUGAGACACGCUGACGACAAUGACACUGUGACCUUGAGACACACUGAAGACAGUGAGACUGACCUUGAGACACACUGACGACAGUGACCUUGAGACACACUGACAGUGAGACUGUGACCUUGAGACACACUGACGACAGUGAGACUGUGACCUUGAGACACACUGAUGACAUUGAUGGGGCAGCAUGUUGAAGAUGUCUGCUACAACAUGACAGUCACAUUUAGAAUAAUGUCUUGUAUCAAUACUGUCAAGAAUUAGGUAAACUGAAUCUUGGCAUUUUUUAGUGUAUUUUCAGAAUUCCAGUCAUGAUUUUUACAUUAGAUCGUGUGAGAAUUACGAUGUUCAAAUAUGUGUUUGCUUGAUUGGAAGUGAUAUGUGACAGAUGAGAAUUACCAGGGAAUGGGUUGAGUGAAGAAUGAGUCGCUGGUCUUCUGGUGUGUGAGACAUGUUUGAUAAUGAUGACUUGUAUCUUGUAUCGUGUAGUGAUGUGUUAUAGGAUGUGUUUUCUGCUGUAUUUAUUUACAUGUUCAUUGUAAGUUUUGUACAGACGGAAAUGAAGAGUUUCAAUGUACGUAGGAUUGAUUUGUUUUGUAAGGACAGCCUUGUGGCGUCUGGUGAGGGCUGACUCUUUAGUGGUAGUGGAUGUCGGAAGUGGAUGUCGCCCCGGCUUCAUCAGCACAACAUGCACAACGUGUGUCAGUGAUGCUACACAUACAAGAUCCCCGCCCAAUCUUCCCUUACCAACAAUGACUCAUGGUCACAUUAUUCCGCUCUAGAAUCAACAAUACCUUUUCCCGGUCUCUUUAAACUGUAAAGUUCGAGUUUGAGACCCAGGUUUCAUACCUGACAUUGAUACGUGUGAAGCGCACCCAUCACUGGGAUAUUCCACACAGACAGUUAGUUCAGUAAUUUAGGCAUCAAGGCCCAUAGCACAAUGCAGAUUUGUCACGUGGUGUACAUGAUUAGAUUUUAAAUCUAGUUACACAUUCCUCAUUAUAAAGACAUGUUUUAAUGAAUACAGUAACAGCAUGGGUCAUAUCAGGAUUUUCAGAGUUUUAGCAGAUUUAUCAUUAACUGACGGUCUUUAGAAAUACCUUGCAACAUGGGGAGAAAUGUAAACCUUAAAUGGGAAUACGCUUCACAGUGUAAGUAGCAAGUAAGACAUGGUAUUCAUCCUCUACUUCUCCGGAUGAACAGUUUGUACAAAAAGAGAUCACAAUAUCAUCGUCUUUGGACUUUCAACAUACAUUUACAUUAAAAAUUGUGCAAAGAAAUUCUAACUUUACAAUAAGCUCUAAUUUUACCAAGGUAAAACGCAACUCAAUAAUUUUCACUAAGUCUCUAUUGUUUCUCUAUGUGCUGUAAUCUAUAUUACAUACUCCUCUUCAAAGAGCUGGAGAACUCACAUACUUUUCAUGAAAUGUCAGUGACAAAAUCUGAUCCCAAAAAUACUUUCUAUUUUCAUAAAUAAUUCCAGUCAUUCAUUUUAUAUUAACUGGUAAGACUUCUUGCCUUCCAGUAAUUGAUAUGAAGCAUUACCAACUUGUCCUUUUCAAAUGAACAGUUGUAUUUAUUUUUAUUUUUAUUUUAAUCUCAGUGCUGGUUUUUGUACAAAUAGUGAAGGCCACAGCUUUGUUCCCUACCUAUCAUUUCAGUAUUGACUUAUGCAGGUUUUUACUUUUAUAUCUCCAAUUCAAACUCAAUUAUAAUUGAUAAGUACGUCAACAAUGAUAAAAUUCCUGCUGCUUAUUUGAUUAUGAACACUCAAUAAAUAUAGACAACUAUACAUAGUCAGUGACAUCAUUAAGCGCAAAAAUGCAGCACAAGCCACGCUCAUUCUGUUAUCAGCCAAUCAUUAAAAAGUAGUUCGUAAGUGGGUGUUUUUUGUUUUCUUUCUUUCUUCUUUUUUUUCAGGUUGGGAAACAAAUGCAAACAAAACAUGUACACUUUAUUAGCCAUUGCUUAAUUAACCAAUCAAAUGAAAUUUCUUGCCGCUUAUUUUUAUAUGUAUAUAUGUAUUACAUACUUCCUAAAUACCAAAUCAGACUCCUCAGGUAUGUUGUGUUUCUAGUGGAUGAAGUGAAUACCAAAGGAUGCUAGCACUGCCAGGGGAGGCAACUUUGCCUGUGUUCCCAGUGUUGAGGUCAGUUAAUAUUUUACUCAAUGAUCAUGUCAAUCAUAGUCAUCGUCAUCGCUUUGUUUGUACAUUUCUUUGUCUUGUCAAUAACACAUUUCCUGGUUGAUUUGUUCUUUUUGUUCUUGGUGUGAAUAAACGAUGCCCAUUUCUUCCCA